CUCUCUCCUGUCAAGCACAGCAGGAACGAGUUUUUUUUCCCGACUUCGAUUUUUGAUCUCGUACGACGAACACGGACUUUUCGCACGGAAUUUUGAGCGCUUCCUAGGCCAAAAAACGCAAACACAAAAGAAAAAAAGAUGCCUACCAUCAAGUUGCAGUCGUCGGAUGGGGAGAUUUUCGACACGGACGUGCAGAUUGCUAAAUGUUCGGGUACGAUCAAAACGAUGCUGGAGGAUCUCGGUAUGGAUGAGGGCGAUGAUGAGGCCGUCCCGCUGCCGAACGUUAACUCAGCCAUCUUGCGGAAGGUGCUACAGUGGGCUACCUACCACAAGGACGACCCAAUCCCGGUGGAGGACGACGACAGCAAGGAGAAGCGCACGGACGACAUCAGCUCCUGGGAUGCAGACUUCCUGAAGGUAGACCAGGGUACGUUGUUCGAGCUGAUUCUGGCUGCGAACUAUCUCGAUAUUAAGGGAUUGUUGGAUGUCACCUGCAAAACCGUCGCCAACAUGAUCAAGGGUAAAACGCCGGAAGAAAUUCGCAAGACGUUCAACAUUAAGAACGACUUUACUCCUUCCGAGGAGGAGCAAGUUCGCAAGGAGAACGAGUGGUGCGAGGAAAAGUAAUUGGAGCACCAGGACGAGCGGAGAGUAAUGUACAUUUUGCUUUGUAAUGGGGGGUUACUAAUGGCGAGUUUUAUGAUUUCGCUAAACACAUGAUUUAUUUGUUCUCUUUUUACGAGAAAUAACCUUACUUUUUUCGCUAAUAAAACAGAAACGAUCAAUGGCGUUUGCCUACCCGAA